AUGGACUACAACAAGCUCCGCGCCGCGGCGCUGAGCCAUGGAGAAGACGAGGAGGCCGUUACGGUCGACACGAGAGCCCUGAUCGACAAGGUCCUGGCUAGGUAUUCUGGGGAAUGGACAACCUUGAGAGAGCUCAUUCAGAACGCCGCCGAUGCGCAAGCCACGACGGUCAAGAUCAAAUGGGAGACACUCCCCUCCACCUCCGUACCUCUUCCGCCGAACGCAGAUCGUUCCGACCUUCUCAAGCACACGAUACAACAUCAUACGCUGCGCCGGCUGGUCGUAUCCAAUAAUGGUCAGCCCUUUGCCAAGACCGACUGGGCCAGACUCAAGAGGAUCGCCGAAGGAAACCCGGACGAGACCAAGAUUGGUGCCUUUGGUGUCGGCUUCUACAGUGUGUUCGCCGACUGUGAAGAGCCCUUCAUCAGCUCCGGUGGUGAGGCUAUGGCCUUCUACUGGAAAGGCAACGCUCUUUUCACCCGGAAACUUCAGCUCGGAGAGGAGCAGCGUUCCAACGAGACGGCCUUCGUGCUGGACUAUCGCAACACGACGACUACCGUCCCCAACGCCUUGUCUGUCAGCCAGUUCCUUGCCACCAGUUUAACCUUCGUUGCCCUCCAGCAUAUCGAGUUCUGGAUAGACGACUACCAGAUCCUGUCUUUACACAAGAAGACCAGCCCAAGCGUGGAUGUUGCGCUGUCCCGGGACGUCGAGACGACGACCAAAGAACGGCUGAUGAAGAUCCAAAAAGUGGAUCAGGCCAGUGCCCAGAUAGACGCGUCUUAUAUGGCCGCCAUAGGCUGGAAGCCUCGAGUGACCGCCAGCCGAGCGAAUGAAUCAUAUGGCUCGAGUAAUACGGAAAUCCCAUCUCUGAGAAGCUUCUUCUCCAGACUAACCACUAACACGUCAUCUGCCAAGGCCAAAAAAGCUGCAGAAGAAAAGGCUGUUCAAGAGGCCAUCUCGGAGGAUAUUACGGCACUGUCAAAUUCCAGUAUCUUUUUGAGGGUCACUACUGCUACCAUCAAGACAUCGGUGACGGCUAGCUUUGCUGCGGAGCUGGAGCGUGCCACCAAGAAGCCUCCGCCGAAACUCACCAAAUUGGCCAUCCUGACUUCUUCGUAUGAUGAGGUCCAGGCUUCAGAGACCUCGAGUAGCUCCGGCAACAUGUCCAAGGCUGCCGAUGUCUUCGCCUCUGUCUUGCCCACAAAGAAGCCGGGUGGGCGUAUCUUCAUUGGAUUUCCGACUACGCAAACCACCGGCGCUGGCAUGCACAUUUCCGCUCCAUCUGUCAUCCCGACGGUUGAACGUGAAGCCAUUGAUCUCAACGCCCGAUGGGUAAGGAACUGGAAUAUUGAGAUGUUGCGCGCAGCCGGCAUCAUGACACGACUUGCAUAUACGAAUGAGAUGAGCGAACUUCAACAGAAGCUCCAGCGCUCUGUCGAAGGCGCAAAUGCAAAAAUUACCCCAGAAGCAAUUGCGAAGCAUCUGCCCGAAGCACUGCAUGUCUUGAACUCAUUCGCCUUUGGGGAUUCAACCCCAAGCGGCCAAGUCUCGCAAAUUAUCGAGGAGGCCUUCUGGACAUCGUACAAAAGACCUCUGAUCGAGAUUUAUAGUACACGUGGUGUCCGCAUGACGACUCAGGUGCGUAUUGAUUCCGAGGAACUCAGCAAGUUCGUUCCCGGAAUACCGGUCAUCCCUAUGGGACUCAAGGAGACCGAGUUUGUGAAAAAAUUGAUCUACUACGAUUUGCUAUCACACAUCACUGUGGAUGAUGUAAGCAAGGAGUUAUCGGAAUAUCCCAUGAGCAAGGAUCAACUUAUCGCCUUCAUACAAUGGGCAAGCAAGAAGGCCGUCAUGGGUGAGCUCAGUCCCACGGAAAACGCUCGUCUCCUAGAUUCUGCGAUCGCGACUCUUGGCGAUGCCGGCACCGACCAGGGUGGCAUCAUCACGCUGGGCAGCAUCAAGAACUAUGUUAGCCCGAACAAGAUACCCGCUGGGCUCCCUAUACCUCCAACUACAAUACCAUUUGAAUUCACCAAGCAUGCCAAUGCUCAUGAGCUCAAAGCAUUGGGCUGGGAACCCCUGGAAAUCGUACCUUGGCUAAGGUUCCUGCUCGAAACGCGGUCCAGUAGGCCGGAGGCUCAAGACAUUACGAAGACUUCGAGUUUUGCCACUCAGGUCCUGACAGUAAUAUCGAAAAACUGGGAGAACCUCAGUCAGAGCUCUAAGGACACAGUGACUCAACUUCUCAAGACGAAUACCGUCAUGCCGACCAAGCUAGGGAUGAGAAAACCGACCGACUCUUUCUUCCCAUCCGUGAAGCUUUUUGAUGACUUGCCAAUCAUCUCCCCUCAGUGCAUGUCGAUGAAAGACAAGUUCUUGUCGGCUUUAGGGGUUCGAAAGACAGUCGCUCUAGAUAUCAUCUUCCAACGACUUCUCAACACAUCUUCCGAGAAGAGUGCAGGGCAAGCCAAGUGGAGUCAUGUCGAGCUGAUCAAGUAUUUGGCUUCUGUACGCGCAGAUAUCCCUAGUGACGAUUUGAGGAAGCUCAAGGAGUCGCGCAUCUGUCCUGCCGAGGCCGGUCCUGCAGGUCAAGAGUCCUCUCAAGGCAGUGCUCAGUUGUACAAAGUGUCAGAGCUUUUCGAGCCCAAAGGAGACCUUAGGCCUCUUGGUGUCAAGGUACUGCAGUGGCCAGAGUACUACCGACGAGCCUCCGCGGAGGGCAAAUUUCUUGCAGCAUUAGGACUUAGGGCCUAUCCCUCUGCACCGGAGCUUGUGGAAUUGAUGUCUUCGCCUGAGCCUGAGCUCAGGGCAUACAGUAUGAAGUAUUUCAUACUGAACCAUGCCAGCAAUAACUAUAGUUCAUUCGAUAUCGGCCAAUGCGAGAAGUCGUUUCUUCCACUUGAAGGAAACCCUAAACAGCUCGUCACGCCGAAGAACUGUUUCACCAACACAAACGCCUCCAUACUUGGCUUCAACAUUCUCAAGAGAGACCUCCAUGAGCAUGCGUUGAAGUUUGGUGUCAAACGGGACCCUCACAUUGCCGAUUGCAUAAGUUGGCUCCUUCGCAACAUACCUCAGACACCGCAAAGUGCGACACCCGUCUUCGAAUAUUUUGCAACUCGCAUCACCGAGAUCGGUGGCUCACAAGACUCUCAGCUGUCAAAUGCGCCAAUUGUACCUGUAGUUCGCCAAAGACUCGCGUCUAGCCUCUCCGAAAAGACUGGCGGCACUGUCACACAUGUUAGUCCCAGGAACUGCUAUCUUGGGAGCUCCACGACGUAUGGAGACAUCUUUGACUUCGUGGACUUUGGGCAGCAGGCGAACUCCUUCUUGUUUCGCUUGGGGGCCAAACUUGAGCCGACCAAAGUGGAAGUUGCCAGGAUGGCGGCAUCUGAACCAGCGCGGUUGCUCAGCGUUCUCCAGAGCUCAGAGAAAUACCUCAACCUGUUGAGAUCUCUAUCAGAGCAUGUAGCUGUGCUCAGGAAAGACAAAGAUCUAUGGAAGAAGAUGAAGACCGCACCGUUCCUGUUGGCUUUCAAGGAGAUCAGCCCAGCCAAGGGUGAUGCAGCUGACAUUGAUGAAGAUGAUACGCCCGUCAGACACUACCAACUUGCUUCACCGGAACAGAUCGUUAUUCUCGAUGACUAUAUCAGCUAUCGAUUGUUCAAAGACGGCCUGCUCUGUGCGCCGGAGGAGGACGGCCUUGAAGAUCUUUAUGCAGCUCUUGGGUCGCAGAACUUGGGAAAUUUGGUCACAGACGAACUGAAGAUCGGUCUGCGUAGCUCCCACCAGGAGGGAGCCGUGUGGCUCCGGAAACAUGUCGUGGAGCGAUCCAAAAUCUUCAUCCACGAGUAUUCCAAGCAUGCUCGUGAUCCGAUCAAGCAUGACGCGAAGUGGCUUGAAAAGAAUCUCGCUGUACAGGUCGUGGGAACAUUAGGUCUACGAAGAACUCUCCGUGGGCGCAACCAGCACACCGAGAAGAAGUCCGCUGCCGCAGCAAUCACGAAUCAGGGGCUUGUCUUGUACGUUGCCUCGGACCGACCCAAACCCGAUAUGUAUCAAGUCGGGUAUGCGAUAUGCCAGCAUAUCCUUCACCGUCCUUCCCAGCAGGCGUAUACGUUCUUUGAACCUUUCCUAAAGCUUGACCUGCUUGACCUUAGAUCCAGAGGUUAUAACGUGGACAGAAUCUUGAGGGUCAAAGCGGCUGAAGCCAGAAUGGCCGAGGAGGAGCGGCGCAAGGCCCUGGAAGCUGAACAAGCCCGGAUGAGAGAACAAGCACAGUUCCAACAACAGGAGCAUGCUCAAACUGCGCAGGCGGAACCGGCAACGCCUAGAGAACGGAGCAGAGCGCCGGUAAUGCCCGGUUCAUUUGACAGUCCAGAAUCGCCAGCGGCCCCGGCACACGCUAUACAACAGCAACAGCAGCAGGACGCCGGUGCAAACUGGGGUAGAAAUCUGUUCUCCAAUCUGACCAAACGACUGGGCUUGGAUGAACUCGUUGACAACGAUGACGAAAGGCAGAAAAGUAGGGGUGGUCUUGAUGAGAAUGAUGGUCGUUCCUCCACAGAACAAAAUACGCAGAACACCAAGGGCACCCUUAUGCAGGAAGGCGGGGCAUCAAACGUGAAGGACAACCUGCACAGAGCUAUCGACUCUACAAGAGCAUACGGGUCGUCCAGUCUGUUCUCGCCACCAAAGACUCAGGAUGUUAAAGAGCAAGCCACGUACUGCGACUCUACCAGCAAGAAGGACCUCUACCGCGCUGCCGAUGCGUCGAAUGGCAUGCCUGUCUUCAUGAUGAAGAACCUACAAGUGGACGUCGAGCAGUUCCUUGCGCAGAACCACAAGAACAUCAACGCGUUCGCCGUUCUGAUCCGGCAGGUCGGGGAAGUGUACGGCAUCAAGUCCAAGGCGCUGCACAUGUUCUACGACGACUCCAACAACACCAUCGCCUUCAACAGCGUCGGCAGCAUCUUCUGCAACCUGCGCUACUUCAACCAGCUGCACGCCUCGACCAUGGACGACGGCGAGAAGAGGGCCGAGGCGGCCACGUGGUGGUGGGUCGUGGUCGCGCACGAGCUGGCGCACAACAUCGAACAGCUGCACAACGCGCAGCACAGCUUCUAUACCGAGAGCUUCAUCCAGCAGUACUUCCCCAAGAUGAUGGCCAAGGCUAGGGAGUUGCAGGCCUCGGCACCGGCGAGGGCGUUGCCCGCCGCUGCCGCACCUCCGAGUCGGCAGCCGCCUCCGUAUAGCGAAUAUUAG